AUGGAGUGGAUCCAACUUGGACAAGGUUUCAAAUUCAAAGUUUAUGACGAAGAAGUUGUUUAUGGAUCUAUGCUUUCCUUACCAUCUUCUGGCUCCAUCCUUGCCAUUGGUUCGCGUGGAUCAGCCACGUUGGACGGUCUUCCGGUAGCGGUGUAUACCUUGGCCGAUGGUACUUGGGUAGAGCUAGACGGCCUGGUCGCCAACUCCAAUGGAAAUAGAGUUUCACUAUCCAGCGAUGGAUCUGCUUUUUUGAUUGGAAGAAGUUGGGAGUCAUCUUUCGUUUCCAUUUACAGCUUGAAUUACUCGCGGGAGACCACUCCGACGGAUGGACCCACCCCAUCACGAGCCCUCUCACCAUCCUCUGGACCAAGUGGUAUGGCACCAACCGCUAGACCAACAACCUCCGGAUGUAUCGGAAAUCUACAUUGGAUCGUUAUUUGUUCACUAGCCAUCCUCUUGCCUUGUCGGUUUCUCUGUCGUACACUACCAUCUUUCUUCUCAUAUUUUGGGACAAAGUAG